CCUGCUUUGGCCAUCUCCAGCACCCGCAACAGCACCAGCCUCUGCAGCAGGACUGUGGGGCCCUCCCAAUGCUUACAAACAGCGAGGCCUCAAAGGCCAAGAACACCCAGAGCUCCAAGGCAGGGGGGUCCUAUGGAGUCAGUAUUCGGGUCCAAGGAAUCGAUGGACACCCCUACAUCGUGCUGAACAACACAGAAGUGGGUUCCCCAGAACCCCUCUUAGCAUCAGAAAACAGUCAGUCAGUGACCUCCCUGACUUUUGACAGAGCAGCCCCAGAUUCCAGUUCUGCUCCUGAAUGUGAGGGGAGAAAUGGCGAGAACAGCCAGUGUGUGGAGCUUCCUCCUGCACCGCCAGGCAUGCUUCCAAGCCUGAAGUUAGCCAGCGCCAGGGAGGGAGAGAAGAGAGAGUCUCAUUUCAGCCCUGGGGCCCCCCAGCCCUCCAACCUGCUGAAUUUUCAGCGGAACCCGGAGCUUCUGCAGCCCUAUGAUCCCAAAAAGACUCUUUUGGACUUGGAGGCCUUUCAGACUUCUUCGUUCGGUACAGCCAAAUCUGUUGCUGAUGAGGUGAGACCUGAGGCCAGAUCUUGGAGUUCCCAGCUGAAACCCGCAUCGUCAUUGGAUAAAACAAGUCUCCAUUUUACAGAACUGGCCAAAGUGAAUGUAAAAACUGUCCUCCUGAGUAAAGCUGCAACUGGGGAGGAUGUAAGCAAGCCGGAACGGGAAAAUACCGUCGUCUCAGACAGCCCUGAUGGGAUUCAUGAAUCCCUGUCUUCUAGUGGUGGAUCUGCACAUGCAGUGAGCCCCCCCACCUGCCAGGAAACAAGGAAAAGUCGGCCUGACCUCCUCCCCUUCCGCAGGCAAGAUUCAGAGGGAUCAAUACCGAAUGGCUCUCGGCGGUCAUCGACUUCAUCAACAACACCAACACCAACGUCUGCAGCUUCCUUGUACCGGUUCUUCUUAGAUGAUCAGGAGUGUGCUAUUUAUGCCGAUCACGUGAACCGGCAUGAAAACAGAAGAUACAUCCCGUUUCUGCCUGGGACUGGCCGCGAUAUUGAUACCGGUUCCAUCCCUGCCGUUGAUCAGCUUAUUGAGAAGUUUGAUAGGAAGGCUGGUCACCAGAGGAGAGGUCGGCUGGGGAUGCGGAGCCGAAUUCAUCCGGAUGACCGUAAACGGUCAAGGAGUGUGGACAGCCUCCUGCCCUCUGGCCUUCAAGUGAAUUCGGAGGGUUUAGAUGAAUUUAGUCAAGAUUUGGGGAAAUCAUCCGAACACCUCCUGCAGCCCUCUCAGGUGUGUCUGAAGAAGCCAGGGCCUCGAGACCAGAAGUCCCCCUCUCUUGGGGAAGAGGGCAUCCCUCGGACUGUCGGUAAGCUCCAGGCCACAUCUAGAGUCACUGCAAGCAGCUGUUUUAAUUCCUUGCAACAUCUGCCACAGGCUGAUCUCACAGAUGAGAGCUCGGCUCCUAAGGCAUCCACGCUUCCAGUCCAGACUAACAAAAGUGAAAGGAAAACUGUGACUUCCACUCUCUUGAUAGCAAACCGGACUGCAAAAUCUUUAGCUUCAAAUGCACAGGUGACUCCGGAUUUGCUGAAGGGGCAGCAGGAACUUGCACGGCAAACCAGCGAGGAAACUGCCAAGCAGAUUCUCUACAACUACCUGAAGGGGAGCAGUGAAAACGACGAUGCCACCAAGAGAAAGGUCAACUUGGUGUUUGAGAAAAUCCAGACUCUGAAGUCUCGAGCGGCUGGGAGCACACAGGUUGCUGAUAAUUCAGCUGAAGUCAAAACUCUGGUGGAACAGAAGGAGGGGCUGGAAAAGGAGGUUUCUGAACUGCAAAGAGCUCUGGAUCUGGGGGUCAAGAAUCAACAGAACCUCAAAGAAGAAAUAGAUGCAACAAGAGCAGAGCUGAAAGAACUGCAACGGCAGCUGGAAGAGGCUCUGGAGGAAAAAGAAGCCUUCCAUAAACGGGCUGAGGAGAGCGAGAAGGAUCUGCAGCAAAGUAUCGAAGAGCUUUUCCAAGUGAAAAUGGAGAGGGAGCAGCACCAGACAGAAAUCCGGGACUUGCAGGAUCAGCUCUCCGAGAUGCACGAUGAACUGGACAGUGCAAAACAUGCCGAGGAUGGUGACCGAGAGCUCCUCAUUCAGGAGCUGAUGCAGCUGAAGCAGGACCUGCAGGCCAUCCUGAUGGCCAAAGAGCAGCAGGAAGACAUCCUGAGGAAGCGGGAGCGGGAGCUGACCGCCCUGAAGGGGGCCCUGAAGGAGGAGGUCUCCAGUCAUGACCAGGAGAUGGAUCGGCUGAAGGAGCAGCACCAGCAGGAGCUCCAGGCCCUGAGGGAGGAUUUAGCUGAAGCAACAAAGAGAGCGGAUGCCCUGACCGCUGCCCAGGCUGGCACCCAGGAGAUGCAGCGAAGCGUCGAGGAGCGAGUGAAGGAGCUGGAGGGCCAGAGCUGGCGACUGAAGGAAAGGCUGGCAGAGCUGGAGGACCAAAGGAAGGAACUUGAGCGAGAGAAGGAAAGCCUGCGAGGAGAGGCGGCCCUCCUGGAGGCCCGGGUAGCGAAAGGCGAGAAUGACAAGCUGCACUUGGAGGAGGCCUUCGCACGUGCCAAAGAGGAGAGCUGGGAGUUGGCAUCAGCCAAGAGCUCUUUGGAAGUUCAGCUGGAGGAGGCACAGAGGAGCCUCGCCCAGCUGAGCCAGGAGCAGCAGCGGCUGACUGGGCAGCUGAAGGACGAGGCGAACCAGAAGGAGCAGCUGAGCAGGGCAAAGAGCGACUUGGAGAAGGAGCGCCGGCAGCUGGAUGAGACCAUUGAGAAGCUGCACAAGGAGAUGGCUGAAAUCAUGGAGGUUUCACGAGCGUCGACCCUGGAGCUGCAGAACCAGCUGGAUGAAUAUAAGGAGAAGAAUCGCAGGGAGCUUUCUGAGACUCAGAGGCAGCUGAAAGAGAAGAGCCUGGAGGCAGAGAAGGUGCGCAUGACGGCCCUCAAGAUGCAGGACGAGAUGCGUUUUAUGGAAGAGGAGUUAAGGGACCACCAAAGAGCACAAGAUGAGGCUGUUACAAAAACGCAGCUUCUGGAACAGACGGUGAAAGCCUUGGAGUAUGAACUGGAAGCCAAAAACCACCUGAAGGAAGACCGGGCAAGACAAGCCAAGAUCAUGGAGGACAAGAUGUCCCAGCUGGAGCUGGAGCUGGAGGAAGAGAGGAAUAAUUCAGACAUUCUGUCAGAAAGGAUCAGCAGGUGUAGAGAGCAGAUAGAACAAAUGAGAAACGAACUGCUUCAGGAAAGGGCUGUGAGGCAAGACCUGGAAUGCGACAAGAUUUCCCUGGAAAGGCAGAACAAAGAUCUGAAAAGUCGAAUCCUUCACCUUGAAGGCUCCUACAGGUCCAGUAAAGAUGGGCUGCUGGUUCAAAUGGAAGCCAGGAUCGUGGAGCUGGAGGAGCGACUGGAGAACGAGGAAAGGGAUCGGUCUAAUCUCCAGCUGAGUAACCGCAGGCUUGAAAGGAAAGUGAAGGAACUCAUGAUGCAGGUGGAUGAUGAACACCUGUCCCUGACAGACCAAAAGGACCAGCUGAGCUUGCGCUUGAAAGCAAUGAAACGCCAAGUGGAGGAAGCGGAAGAAGAAAUCGACAGGCUGGAGAGUGCAAAGAAGAAACUUCAGAGGGAUCUGGAAGAGCAAGUGGACUUCAACGACCAGCUGCAGGGGCAACUGAAUGCAAUCAAAAAGGAGCUCAGGUACAGGAAGCUGCCAAAUAAAGUUCUGAGUGACCUGGAUGAUGAGGAUGACGACGAUGUCAGCACUGACGGAGACAGCCUUUAUGAAGGACCUUCAGGAUUUAAAUUUUUAAAGGACAGCGAGGCCAGAAGCUAGAAACAAAGCAGUCCCACAGCUCUUAAAGAGUUGCAAACACACACUGAUGAGGAAGUCAAAGGCCACAGGAAUGUCAGAGCUGGGGGGUGGGUUACCUAUCACUUUGUGGCUUGCAAUUUUUACAGAUACUUCAGUAAUAAAUAUCCUAAACCAUAAAGUUCUUGUCUUCCAAACCAUCUGCAACCAUGAUGGGGGAACCAACACCUUUACGUCAAGUUCCUCAGAAGAACCAGCAGCUCUCCUAGGGAGCCAGAGUUUUGUUUUCUUGCAACUGACUCCAUGCCAAGCUUGUCUUUAAAGGCAAGCAACAGAUAAAACACGAGAGUGAAGGCUAUUAUUUAAUCACUGUAAGUAGAAGAAAUCAUGUACAGAAUGUAUAUACUUCAGACACUUUUAUGGACUGUUCUACUGCCAUUUUUGUAAAGCUUCCUAUUUUUUUAUAGAACACAGGCAAAGUGCUGAAAUCUAUAUGGAGUAUGAGACUUGUUCUUAAACCUUCAGAAACCUCUUAUAUUCUGUUUAUGUUUAGCAAGUCAUAUUUUAGCUUUCAGGGUGACUACAAUGACCCAGUGGAAGGGUCAAAAAAUUUUUUACUCUUGAGUUCUCUGUAUAACUGUGGGAGCACAAUGUCAGUGGGAUGGUCAGUGCUAGUUUUAUUGGGCAGAGAUGUCCUGCCUUCCAUAGCAUAGCUUGGUAACUAUUGUAUGAGGUCUGACCUUGUAUCAUUUUAACGAAGGGAAGAGAUACCUGCUCCCGAGAUGCGGACACAGUCACCAGUGCUCUGAGUGUGAAUGUUCCAGCCUGGGCUGCAGCUGCUGGUAUCACGAUCCUCUUUUGAUUCCUGCAGUUUGUAAAGAUGGCAAUUCGAGAAAAGGUUACUCUAUAGAUGUACAUUUAUUAUUAUUAUUAUUUACUGAAUUAAGGGACCUCUCAACCAGUUGUAUCACUAAAAACUGCUUUAGGGAAAUCCUUAUGAAAAGGAAUAAUUUAUCUCUGAAAUGUACUUGUUGCCCAAGGUGCCUGCCGUGACCUUCUCUCUCUCCUGCAGUAUCCGGAGACAGAAAUUUAUUACUAGUGUCUGAGGAGUAAAGAUUGCACCCACCCGUGACAGCAGUUUUAGAAUGGGGAAAGAAACUGGAAUCCUUUUGCGAUGACAAUCAGCUAGAUACAAUCUCUCACAGACUAUUUUUAUUCUGAAACUUUAUAAUGCAGACCUUAUUUUAUACAGCUGGUUAUGGUUCUAAGAUCUCUAUCCAAAUCCUGCCUUAAACAAAAAGUAGGGCAGAAUCCACCAAUUCUCCUGCACAGAGCCCCUGUUUUGUUUCAGAAGCUUCUGCGGGAGAACUCUGCUGGAUCACGCCCAUCAAUGGAGACUCUUAAGCCAUCUGGGAAAAGAUCAAGUAAUUUUGCAGCUACCUCCAGACAUGCUACUCUGUAAAGACAAGAGUUUUUGAAAUAAACUGCCAUGGUUAAACCUCUUCUUUUC